UUUUUUAAUUUUCUUUUGAAAAUAUUUGCUUCGGUUCAUAACCGAAGCAAAAAGUCAAUUACCGUCGGUGCACUACUAUUUGCUUCGGUUACAAACUGAAGUAAAAAUAAAAAAAUUUUGCUUCAGCAAAGUAUUACUUAGUAUCUUUAUUAUUAUUUUUUUUUUAAUAAAAAAGUAUGAAAAGAACAUUUAACCAAAAAAAAAAAAAAAGUCUUAUGAGAAGAAAUUAAUGGUAAAAUAAAAUAGUCUUUAAAUAUAUUUACUCUAUCAAAAAAGGGGAUAUACACUUUAAAUUAGUUGAGGUGGAGCAUUUUAAUUGAAUUGGGAUAGAAAGAGAAAAAUUGGGACAUAAGAUUUGGCUCCCAUAAGGGGACCCCUCCCUUUGAAAACAACCAGCCAUAUUCUUACAUAUCAGCAUAAUGAUUGUCCUACUAUUAACAUAAAGCAGCUGAAGAAUCAAGUCUAUCCAUAAGGUUCCAAACGUCCAUGGCCAUCGGUCUCAACUCCCAGUAAGAGGAAAUGAACAUACAAAUUAUGUAAACCGACACAAUUGUCUAUAAAAAAGAGAGCAAAAUCAAGCUUGUUAGAAGAUAUAUACGGUUAACAUGUUUUCAAAAUCAUCAUCCGUAGCAGUACACCAAUUGCUACUAUAUUCUCUUCUUUUUCUCCAAACUUAUUAUUCAUUGGCAACUUCAGCCAAUUCAAGUACUGCUAAAAACUUCAUUGAAUGCGUCUCAAUCAAUUCUGAGCUUUCAGUUCCAGUAGUCACAACAAUUUUCACACCAAACACAUCUUCAUUCACUUCUGUCCUCGGAUCCACACCAACUAAUCUCAGAUUCUUAGAGCUCUCAGUUCCAAAACCCCAGUUCAUCUUUACACCACUCCAUGAUUCCCAUGUCCAAGCAGCUGUGAUUUGCUCAAAACAGUUAGGCUUCCAUUUCAGAGUUCGUAGUGGAGGCCACGACUAUGAAGGAGUUUCCUACGUGUCUGAGAUAGAAACUCCUUUUAUUCUCAUAGAUCUCAUCAACCUUCGACUCGUCCAUGUUGACAUCGAACAUAACUCGGCUUGGGUUCAAGCUGGUGCUACAAUUGGAGAACUUUACUACAAAAUUUCUCAGAAAAGCAAAGUCCAUGGCUUCCCAGCUGGGAUUUGCCCGACUGUUGGCAUUGGUGGAGAUAUCACGGGUGGAGGUUACGGUGCCAUGCUUAGAAAAUAUGGCCUUGCAGCUGAUAAUGUCCUUGACGCUAGAAUCGUUGAUGUUAACGGUCAAAUUCUCGAUAGAGAAAUGAUGGGAAAGGACUUGUUUUGGGCGAUCCGUGGUGGUGGAGGUGGGAGCUUUGGAAUCAUUCUUUGGUGGAAGAUUAAGCUUGUACCAGUGCCUGAAACAGUGACAUUUUUUAGAGUUGGUAAGACGUUGGAACAAGGUGCCACCAAACUCGUCUACCGGUGGCAACAAGUUAUGGAUAAGCUUGAUGAAGAUCUCUUCAUUGAUGUUCUUUUUCAGAUAGUUAAUUCUAGCACUAAUAAUGAAAGAACAGUCAAGAUUAGUUACAACGCACUGUUUCUUGGGGACUCUAAUAGACUCCUUAAGGUUCUUGGUGAUGGUUUUCCUGAAUUGGGUUUGGAGAAAAAGGAUUGCAUGGAAAUGAGUUGGGUUGAAUCAGUUCUUUACGUGGAUGAAUACCCAAAAGGAACACCAGUCCAAAGCCUUCUCCAGGCAAAAAAUACAUUCAGAACUUACUUCAAAGCAAAAUCAGAUUUUGUCACAGUUCCAAUACCUGAGAAAGCCCUAGAAGGAUUGUGGACAAGGAUGUUAAAGGAGGAGAGUCCUUCUAUGGUUUGGACUCCAUUAGGUGGAAUGAUGAGUAGGAUUUCGGAAUCGAAAAUUCCAUACCCUCACAGAAAGGGAAUCCUUUUCAUGAUUCAGUACUUAACUGCCUGGGGAGAUGGAGACAAAGACCCAGAAAGGCACAUUGAUUGGAUUAGGGAGGUGUAUGAGUACAUGACUCCUUAUGUUUCCAACUCUCCAAGACAAGCUUAUGUCAAUUAUAGAGAUCUUGAUUUGGGGAUUAACAAGAAGAACAUGUGCUUCGAUUGGCCAAUUACUGAUCAUUGGGGUGUUAGGUAUUACAAUGAGGAAAACUUUAAGAGAUUGGUACGUGUGAAGACCAAAGUUGAUCCCCAUAACUUCUUCAGGCACGAACAGAGUAUUCCACCUUUAAUUAAUUACUAGAUUAUAUUUCUAUAAGCACAAUGAAUAAAUUGAGAAGAUAAUUAUGAAUUCUUCUCUUUCUUAAUUUUUCAUGUCGUCAUUAAUUGGAAGAUGGAUAAUAAAUUAUAAAUAUUAAUUAAUGAA